AUGUCGACCACAGCCGACCCCGAGAAAGUCGACCACAAGACCGAGAGCCCAGACCCGUCCCUCAAACACGACACCAACUAUGGCGUGACCGAACUCGUCGACGAAGCCGCCGAGCAGCGAGUCAUCCGCAAGCUCGACCGCUGGAUCGUCCCACCCGUAAUGCUCCUCUACCUCUUCUCCUUCCUGGACAGAGUCAACAUCGGCAACGCCCGCCUCUACGGCUUAGAGCGCGACCUCGGCCUCAAGGGCGACCAGUUCCAAAUCGCCGUCUCUAUCUUGUUCGUUACCUAUGUCCUCUCGGAGCUGCCCAGCAACUUGGUCAUCAAGAAGCUACGCCCUUCUCGAUGGAUCGCUUUCAUUACGGUCGGUUGGGGCAUCGGCGGGCUAUUCCCGGGCCUGACCAUCUAUCUCACAUUGUUCUACACGAGGUCGGAGAUCGCGUUGAGGGUGGGAUACCUCUUCGUGAGCGCCGCGAUUGCAGGGAGUCUGGGCGGACUGCUUGCCUACGGCAUCGGCUUCAUGGAUGGCACCGCUGGACAGUCUGGGUGGCGAUGGAUUCUGAUUAUUGAAGGCCUGCCGACCAUCGUGUUGGGUGUGGUGGUCUUUUGGUGGCUGGCAGAUAGCCCCGAGACCGCAUGGUACCUGAACGAUGAGGAGAGGGCGUUGAUGGUCAAGCGCAAGCAGCGACAAGUUGGGUAUACGAAUUCUGCAGACAAGUAUCACAAGAAGGAUGUGUAUGAUGGCUUGAAGGACUGGAAGAUCUGGGCGUUCUGUAUCGGGCAGUUUGGGGUGGACACGAUGUUGUAUGGGUAUUCAACAUUCUUGCCCACGAUCAUCAGAGGCUUGGGAACAUGGUCGACGGCGGAGGUACAAGCGCUCACGAUUCCGUGUUAUGCGCUGGGUGCUAUCACUUACCUGACCGUGGCGUACUUCUCUGACAGAUUCCAACGACGAGGGAUACCUACCGUGGCGUUUGGCUUGGUUAGUAUCGUGGGCUACGCCAUCCUGGUCAGCAAUGUUAGCAAUGGCGUCAAAUACUUCGCCUGCUUCAUGGUCGCGAUGGGUCUGUAUGUGAUUGUCGGCCUUCCACUGGCGUGGCUGCCCAGCAACAACCCCAGAUAUGGGAAGCGGACAACAGGUACUGGACUGCAAUUGACGAUCGGCAACUGUUCGGGCAUCAUGGCCCCGUUUCUAUACAGCACAGGAGACGCCCCGCGCUACGUCAAGGGCCACGCCGUGUCAAUGGCCAUGGUCGCAAUGGCACAAUCAUCUAUGCUGCCUGAUGGUCUGGUUCAGACUGGCCUUCUUACCUGGUCGCCGCUUACAAAGACAUGCAACGAUGACAAUGACUACCAGAAUGAGGACAGCGAAACCGAGGCCGAUCAAGGUCAGAUUGUUUUGGUUUGGAAGCGCCGUAUUGCGUGUGACGAGGCCAGUAACGAGGGCGGCGCUGGGCUGGUAUGGGGGGAGGACUGGCAUAUUUGGUUCGAUGGGGUGGGCAGGGAAUAUUGUAUUACCUGGGUUGAAGGAGGAUGCUACGAUGCUGUUGGUUCUUUGCGAGAAGAGCACUUCGGGGCGAGGGUAAAAGACAACCCCUUCAAGCAAACGAUACACCGACUUCCAUCUUGCCCAGGCAAAAUCUCCGAUACCUCCUUCACAGCCGAAGACAUGCACCUCACCAAAGCACUCAUCGCUCCUCUACUGGCCAUCGCGCCUCUGACAUCCGCCGCCGUCGUCGAAAUGUUCUCCGGUGGAGGCUGCAGCGGCACGAAAGUAGGCGAAAGAAACGUCUACGACAGCUCAUGCGCAUACGUCAACCCAGGCUUCUCCUCCUAUCGCCUGAAAGCCCAAGGUGGAAGCUUCCAGCAGCUGACGGUCUACUCACGCCAGGCGUGUGCUGGGAAGGAGGUAUCCAAGCAAUGUGUGGCUGGAGUCAACGCUGUGAAAGUCGGGGAAUGUAUCACGUUGAGUGGAACAGGAAAUGCGUUGAGCAGUUAUUCGAAUGCUGGUGCUUGUCCCAAGUGA